AUGUCAACCCUUUGGCCCGUCAAGUCUCUUCUGAUUGCCCUCGGAAUUGUGGGUGUUCUGGGCACCUGGGGUCGUACUGCCCUUGACGGGUCGACCGAACUCCUGACCAAAGUGCUGGAUGACCCCAACGGCCAGCUCCCGGGCACCCAGGUGCUUCUUCAGCGGACCUUCACUGGAAUUCGCAUCCCCAUCGACCACAUCAUCUCCACCCUGGUGGUCUUCUACAAACCCAGUCUUGUGCGACCCACCCUCUGGCUCACCCUUUUCCAAAUCUGCUCCCUCGGAGGGACAGGCUGGAUCUGGGCGUUCAGCUAUAUCACAUCAGCGCUCACCGUCGCCAAGUCCAAAGUCUCCGUGGUGGGCUCGUUCAAGCCACUGCAGGGUGCUUCGACCGUCUCCUCGCCGGCGCUGGUCAAACAGCUGCUCCUGCCCGCCAUCAUCCUUGGCUAUCUCGUCCCCGCAGCCCUGAUGGGGAUCUUCUCCUCCAGCCCCGCCAGCACCGCGCACAAAUCCGCCAUCGGCGCCUGGAACAUGUACCCCAUCCUCAUCUUCCCCAUCCUCAUCUUCCCCAUCCUCGGCAUCCUCCGGUCAAUCUUUCCUCCUGCGGUCGCGACGACAGGCCCUAAAGCGCACCUUCACGCCAUCCGCGCCGCCAACAUCCCCGCCCUCAUCACCAGCGUCGCCCUCCACUUCUUCCUCUUAGGCGUCUCGCUCUCUACUAUUCUGUUCCCCUCUAUCUUCACCCCGGCCUAUCUCGCAGAGCUGCAUCCGUCCGCCGCCUUCGUGCCCCCGUUGGUCUUGCCCCCCGCUACCACCCCCGGCGGUGGGGUCAAAGGGUUCCUGAUGUGGGAUGAGUUGUUCGCCUAUCUAGUGGUGCUGGUGGUGGUUGCCCUCGAGCUGCAGGGAGCCUGGUCUACCAUCCAGCCGCGCGGUGGAGCGUUACAGUAG